CCCCGGUCCACCACCCAGAACCAUUAUACAGUAUCUUUCAAAAGUAAGCGUCCAGCCCCCACAUUUCAGCAAGAACCUUACUCCAUCUUGUCAAGGGCCAGUACUAAAGAUGGGCAAACACACACAGCUCUUAUUAUCUAAAUAGCUGGCAACACCUCACAGUGAGCAUGUCCAAAUUGGGUUCUUGAUGUGAAUAUUUAGUGUGAGCACCAUAGUUAUUUUACCUUAAUACUCUUAGAGUUGGAGCCUGGAGUUGAGCAGAGCUACACGUUGUUACUGGAAUCACCUUCCACUCAUCCAUGAUUAUAUCACUGGUGGAGCAGGUGGAUUUUAGAUGCAUUGCACUCUUUCCUUCCUCCUGCUUGAGAAUGCCAGAGGUGCUCAAUUGGGUUCGGGUGUGGAGGAGACAUAAGUUGCCGUUCCAUCACCUUCAGCUUCCACAGCGAGGCGCUUGUCAUCUUGAAGGUGUGUUCGGGGUCCUUACCGCCAUGAGGCCCAGUUUCAGCCUGGCAAUGUCACAGUAAACGUUGGAAUUUAGCUUCUCCUCGCAGAUCCCGGUGCCUGUAGCAGUCAUGCAGCCCCAGAAUGUGACGUGCUCGCCAUGCUUAGAUGUAGGCCAGACACAAUUAACAAGCCAAAAUGCCAGAACAAGUAGCUACUGAAUUAAAAUUUUGAUGUCCCUAUCAGGAAGAUAAUGUAUGAUAUGCUACAUGCUGGUAUGCCUCAUUAAGGAAAACUGAAAAAUUUUGCCAUCAUUCACAAUCCUAUGAAACAUGAACACAUAUUUAUUUUCCUUUUCUGUGCAUUCUAGCAAGAAUAAACAAUGUUAGUUUGAGCUAGCUCACAACGGACAUCAUGGGAGGUACCUAUUUGGACGCUAAAGCUAACAAAAAAACCUCAAAAAACGCAGACAGUGUUGCCUUUACUGACUUAUAUACAUAUACAUAUACACAUAUAUACAUUCAAACCAAAAUACAGCAAUAUUGUUAUUGUAGCAUCAAAUUAGAUUUAUCUUGCUAGCCGCUCAUCUCUGCUACUCAUUUGCUGUCAACAUUUUUAACCUGAGGACUGUAGCACACGUGCUGGAAGACACAGCCAUCUCAAUGAGAGUGGACAUUGUAAAUGUUGUCAUUGUGUCUAUGUAGAUAUUAACAUUUUGUCAGUAGUAUUUCAAUUCUGAAAACAUUUAUACCCUCUAGGGAAGCAUGACAGAAAAUAAUUGAGAACCACUGCAUAAUAAACAGUACAUGUUCUACUACCGGUUAGCAUUGAGUUUAAACAGCCAUUGAAGAUACAAUAAACGGAGACAAUUUUUUUAAAUAACAGCUAACAACCAAGAUAGUACCACACCACACCACUAGAGGGCGUUGUAUUGUAGUUGAAAUAUAUACCUACCAAUGAUGUGCAUUGUUAGCAAGCUCAUAAUAACAUGGGAAAGAAAUGUGUGUUGAUGUUUCACAUCGGGUUUGCGAAUAAUGGGCAAAAUUAAAUUUAAAAAAAAAAUGCAGUUUUCCUUUAAAAUCAAGAAGAAAGGGAGGGCAGGGUAUCAUGCUGUGCUUCACAAUGUCACAGUUCAUAAUAAUAACUCACAAUAAUGACUCGGUCUUUGUUGCAAUCUACAGUAUUGUUCCUUGACAAGACGGCGCAAACUGCUACUUUGUGAGCUACUGUAUCGCUGUAAGAAGUUCUAUGUAUUAUGUAAGAUGCCCGCUACAAUUCACAUUUAUUUAUCACACAGUAAGCAGCCGCCUUAGUCCAGCACCCUCCUCACCUGCCACCUUCAUCACCCCCCCACCACCAACCACUUUCUUCCAUUCAUAACAAGUGUGUCCCACUUAAAAGAGUGACAGAAGAUGACAUUGUUUUAAUGUUAGAAAUGACUCUUUCACACAGAGAUCCUGGGUUCUGUGUGAAAGAGGCUAUUCCUUAGUAUCAUAACAACCUGUAGCUUUACUUACUAACUGGACUAAAGCAUAUUCCAUAUAAGGCUCAUUAGUGAGUGACUGGUGUAGAACUUUCUAUCAGGCUGCCAACACCGCCACUCCUGUCUUUGUAGCUGUCUGAACACUGACACCUGGUGGCUGGCCUAAGAACUGCAACACUGCCUUUCCCCAUUAACUUCACUUGGACCUCCUUGUCUUCAUCUGACCACACCUUCUUCUUCUUCCUCUUCCUCUUUGUCUUCUUCUCCUGUCACCAUCUUCACCUGUCACUCCCUUCCUUCCUUACUUCCUUCCUUCCUUCUUUCCUUUCUUUCUCCCGUCUGUCCGUCUGUCUGUGUCUGUCUCUCAGAGAGGAGGAAGAUGAUGACAUCGCCCAUCAGUUCUGUUGCCCCGCCUCCGAGUGCAGUAGCCCCUCCUCUAGGUAACCAGGGGCGACCACAAGUUCUCAAGGCCUCCCGACUUAACAAGUGAUGGAGGAGCAACCCCCCCGCCCCCCCAAAACCCACCCCCACCCCUGUCUGUCUUCCUCUAAAGCACCAGUCGAGAAUAGGAAAAAUACAAAAACAUUCAAGUGGAAAAUUUCUGAUUUUUGCUUCAAGAAGUAAAAAGAACAACUGCUGCUGAUUUUCUUCUUUUCUGUUAAAAACCGAUGAGCAGUUUGCGUAAAAAAAAAAUAACAAAGAUAAAUAAGAAAGCUAUCCCUGGACUGACUGGACCUUUUAAAAGUUGUGGGACCCUCUGGGAUUGGGUGGAUGGAAGCAGCCCCAAGCUCACUCAGCAUUAGGCCACGCCCCAGCACCGCCACCACAUGCCGGCGGGUCUAAACUGUCCGGGAUGUAUGACGCAGGACUCCUCUGCGACUGCUAGCUAACACGCUAGCAUGUGUGCCUGUGAGGUAAACAAACUGAACCAUCAACGUUUCCAAAUAGUGCGGCAAGGGUUCUUCUUAUAGCUGCUUCCUAUUUCGACAUGUGACUCACACGACUUUAUUCUUCUUCAUUUUUUUUAGUUUUAAACAUUCCAUCCAUGGGGCAGCACGGCGCGUAGUGGUUAGCAUGUCAGCCUCGCAGUCAGGAGGUCCGGAUUGGAACAUGUCUGUGUGGCGUUUGCAUGUUCUUCCCAUGCGUGUUUGGGUUUCCAGCUUCCUCCCACAUCCUAAAAACCUGCAUGUUAGGUUAAUUGGAGGCUCUAAUGGUCCAUAAGUGUGAAUGUUUGUGUGUCUGUAUGUGUCAUGUGAUUGGCUGGCGACCUCUUCAGUGUGUACCCCGCCUCUUGCCCAAAGUUAGCUGGGAUAAUGAGGAUAACCGCUAUACAAAAUGGACGGCUGGAUGGACAAUAAUUUGGUCCAGGUUGGUUUGGAACGUCAUUAAAGGACAUAUUGGGCUCUAAUUUCGUGUCGUAGCGUGAGGUGGUCGGCGCGUCCCCCUAAAUAAAUGGCUUGUCCCCCGAAAUCCACAUUUUAGAAGUGAAUGAAAAGCACAAGACAGCUCAUCUCAGUAGCUGUGCUGAAUGAACGCCAGAUCGCGUUCCCUCGCGUUAGUAACCAUCUAAUCACAAAUGAGCCAACAUGAAGCGCGGACUUUGUGGAAUUGAUGACGGGGUGGCGUACGUGGCGAAUGAGGCGUCGCCUCUGAUGCACAGUCCAGUCCUGCUCAUUUAAAGGCAAUGAGAGGCGUUCAUUUAAUUGGUUAAGAUUACACUCGGCAGUGUUAAUUAAACUGGUGGGAGGGAUGGAGGCGUGGGUGCGCAGUGCUGCGCAAGACUGCGCUGCUCACGAAUUUUGCAAAUUUCAUUGGCCACUCCCCGCGGCCGCGCCCAGUCUACGAAAUUAGAGCCCCUUGUGUUCAAGUCUGUCAUAAAAAUGAAUUUGGAAACAGUUUUUUGGUCCAAAUAUGAACCAGGUUUACAUGCACACAAUAUUCCGAUGAAGUUUCAUGUUUUUUUUUUUUUUUUUAUUUAAGGGUGCAUUCACAGUCCGGUACUCCGGUACAUUUAUAUGGUUUGUGGUUCACAUUUGGUGAUAUCAUAUCUGGUGUUAUGGUGUAUAUUGGUGUGGUACCAGUUCACAGAAACCCAUCAAUCUGUCUCUUUGGUCCGGUCCUGAUUUCAAUGGACUGUGUUCACCAGCAGAGCAAAUGGAUUAUAGUUUUAAUCAAACCAAAAUGGACUUCCCAAAGUAGCCAUGUCAUGACGUCGAUACAAACAUAUCAGGGUUUUUUUUCCAGGUCAAAAACCUGAUCAAAAUCUAUUUCAGUUUAUUUUUUUAAAUUACCGGAUUACCCUUAUUGCAUAUUAUAUUUACCGCCAACAACUACAGUAUGUUCCACUGCGGUGCAUUUUCCAAUGUACUUUUUUCUAUGACCUAAUAUUGGGGAUUAUGCAGGCAUAUGCCAGCAGCGUGAAGUGGGUUUUUAUAACUGGAAAAUGACCUUGAUGCGGAAUUGGCCAUCUAAAAAAAUGUGUUUGAGGUAAGAAUACGUCGUAUAUUUUGGUUACUACAGGUAUAUUGUGUCCAUGUAAAGUCCUGUUCAGUCCUCCAUCAGAUCUUUUCAGCAUGCUUUCUCACCAGCAUCAUUUUACUCCAGUUUGUUUUCAGUUUGUCAAAGUUGCUGUACCCCCUUGGUGAAGAUCGGUCGGUCACACUUGGAUCCAAUAAUUGAACUCCGACAGAGAUCAAAUCAGGUUUGAGGCAAAUGUUGUAAUGGUGACAAAACCACAGCUCACACUGACUUCAGUUUAGCAUGUAUUUAGUUAGCGUGCUAGCGUUCCGUUCAGUGCAGAUUGUUCGACCAUGCUGUGCUUUUUAGCGUUGUAUCACUUGAAAAACAUUCUUCCGGUUUACAUUGCUGCGGCCAAUAAGAGAAUAAGAGCCAUGUCACAUUGUUUGGGGUGACACAUUUGAGAAAUCAAACAGAAAUGAAAUUCAGAAACUGAUUCAAGCCAAGUGCAAAAGCGGCAAUGUAAGCUAAAAUUAGGAAGAUAACACAUCAUGUCCAGUCUUGUUCACCAGAGUAUACAGAGCGUCCCUAAAGUCUGGAUAUAUAGACAAAAAUGCAUAUACAAAUACAAAAAACAGAUGUUUUAAUGCAGUACACUGGUGUGAAAAAGCGUUUUUUACAUGUCUGUCACACUGAAAUGUUUCAGAUCAUCAACCUAAAUGACGCAGUAGACAAUAGCAACCCAACUGAAGAAAACACUUAAAUUGGACCUGCCUGACAAAAUGGACGAAUGGACCAAAAGAUCACUGAAAGCGAGACAUCAUGCUAAGAUCUAAAGAAAUUCAGGAACAAAUAUCAAUUCCAUUUCUAUAGCUUUGGGACUCCAGCAAACCACAGUGAGAGCCAAUAUCCACAAAUGGUGAAAAAAACAUGGAACGGUGGCGCACCUUACCGGCCGACCAAAAUUACCCCAAGAGCACAGUGACAACUCAUCCAAGAGGUCACAAAAGACCUCACAAUAACAUCCAAAGAACUCAGUUCAGUCUUCACGACUCCACUAUAAGAAACGCCAAGUUCCAAGACGAAAACCACGGCUGAACAAAAGACCGUUAAGACUUGUCUGAAGGCUUUUGCCAGAUGAUCGACAAGACAUUUGGGAAAAUACUCUGAUCUGGUCUGAUGUGACAAAAGAACAUCAUACCAACAGUAAAAUACGGUGGUGGUAGUGUCAUGGCUGCUUCAGACUUGCUGUGAUAAAUGAAAUUCGGCUGUCUACCUGUGUUCCUCACCUCAAGCUGAAACCAACUUGGGUUCUCCAGAAGGACAAAGAUCCAAAACACACCAGCAAGUCCACCUCUGAAUGGAUGAAGAAAAAACUAAAUCCCUCCCCGGCAGCUCCUGUGUGUAUGUGCAUUGCAUACAGUAUGUAUUGUCAUUGACUAAUAUUUCCAUUUGUUGAUGAUCUGAAACAUUAAGUGUGACAAAAAGUAAGAAAACAGGAAGAGGUCAAACACUUUUUUACACUAUAUAUAUAUAAUAAACUAAAUUAAUAUUUUAUUUUUAAUUCAUGAAUGUUCACUUUUGUUAUUCAUAUUAUGUAUCAUAUUAAUAAAAUGUCAAUGUCAGUAAAAAAAUAAUACAGUAUAUCCAGACCUCAGGGCCACCCUGAUUGAUUGUAAGAUGCCGUUCCUGUGUCACAUCAAAACGUGUCCUCACAGGAAACAAUUUUUUUUUUACUACACACAUUUGUUUGCUAGCAUCAGUCGACUUGAAGUGCUUCCCUUUUUUGACAGUUGUACGGAGAACCCUGCUGCCUCAUGUGUACAGUGCACACACACACAGGUACUCUGAUCAGGCAAUCUUGUCGCUUCUAAAGAGUCCAUCUAUCGUGUAAGAUGCAUGAAUUUUUUUUUUCAUGGUUACGAUGACGUCAAGUAAACCAGGACUUGGAAUUUAGCUUCUACACAUCCGUCAGAUUCCAUAAAUACUGUUUUUAUUUGUGUAUGGAUUUCACACAGAACUUACAGAAAGGAGGAUAUUGAUGUAACCGUGCUCUGAUAUCAAUUACCGUAAAUGUUCUAAUUUAUUUAUUUGUAGUGUUUAUGGGUCGAGUGGUUAGCUAGGAGACCCGAGUUCAAUCCCAACCUCGGCAAACUUUCUGUGUGGAGUUUGCAUGUUCUCCCCGUGCAUGCGUCACGGUUUUCUCUGGGUACUCCGGUUUCCUCCCACAUUCCAAAAACAUGCUAGGUUAAUUGGCGACUCCAAAUUGUCCAUAGGUGUGAAUGUGAGUGUGAAUGGUUGUUUGUCUAUAUGUGCACUGUGAUUGGCUGGCCACCAGUCCAGGGUGUACCCCUCGCUGGGAUAAGCUCCAGCACCCCUUGCGACCCUCGUGAGGAUAAGCGGUAGAAAAUGAAUGAAUGUAGUGUUUAUUUUGCUAGAAUACAGGACGAUAAUUGGAAAGUGAAAUUCAUUAUACUAUAUAUAUUUUUUAAUAAUUAUUUGGAGUGCAUGAGAAAGUGGAAAGAAUGACAUAACUUUCUUUACAUGGGCAUUUAUGAAGAAGUAUAUUGCACAACACAGCAGCAACAGUUGUAAUGAUGACUUUAACACUGGGUAGAUAAAGCUGGAUACCCUUGAUACUUCAAGUGCAGCUACUGCCAUCUUGUGGAGUUGUUAGAGACCCAGUGGUUAUUCACAUUAAACGACUGGUUUAUUCCAUAGAGACAUUAAUUGGAGCAUUUACGGUAAUAUGUAACCCUUUUUUGAAAAUUUGCCAGUUUUGUCCCAACACUGAAGAAGUCUUUAGUCAGCAUCAUUUGCCUUAUUUAUAUAAGAUGUUUAUUAUUAUAAUAAUUGUUGUCAUAGCUUUUUCAUUCAAGUCUUUACUUAGAUUUAGCUCAUCUUGUACAUGUUAACAGUGUGUGAGUGAAUGAAUGAAUUUCAGGCUAUUUUAAUAUGAACCACAGCAGAGAACAUUGUGCAUUUCUGUCUAACUUUCAAAUAUUUGAGACAUUGUUUUGGUUUUGUUUCCAAUGGCCGUGCAUCAUUGGAAUUGUUUGGCUUCUUCACCCAAACUUUAUAAACAGAAUUUAAAGAUGAGCUCGAGAGUGCGCUAAAACGUAACAACAGUGUCGUCUAAAAAAGAUGACACUUUUGUUUAUUAUUCCUGUUGCACUAUACAGCCAAAAGACAACAUGCUGCAUCUAACGACGUCCAUGUUUGCACGUUUGCUGUUGGAGGGAGAAUCCAGCAACAGUCGACACAUAAAACGUGACAAUCAGUGAAGUGACAGAAUCCAUAUUGCCCUUAUGUAAAAAUGUGAUUAGGAUUUCCAUGAAAACAAAAAAACAAGCACUUUUCAUCGAUAGCAUAAUAUGCGCUCCAUGCUAGAUAUAGGCUUUGCCGGUUGGAACUCCUUGUCGAUCAGUAGGUUAGCAUUUAGCUGAAAGUUUAAUAGCUCCUUUGCUGGAGACUUCUACUGCACUUCCAUCAUUGGAUGGACGGAGUUUUGCAACACUGAACCCAAUUCCUUUAUUUUUCCUGUAGAUUGCAAACAUUUGGGGUUUGACUUGAAUAGAUAAAUAUAAGACCAGAGAGCAACAUUUCAGCUUUUAUUUCCUGGUAUUUACAUGUGGAUGAAAUGCUCAACUUGGAAGAUAGCAACUUUAUUUUCAGUUUCCGAUUUGGUUGGAUAGGUUUUGCAUGAGAAAUGAAAACUUGCAAUGAAAAACCAAUCAGAACCAUGUAAAAAAAAUACAUUGAUCAUAGCCAGAACAACCAUUUGGACUGUCCUAAAGACAAGCUAACUAAUAGACGCCAAACAGGUAGACCAAAUAAUACAACAACAGUUUAUAACAUUGGUCGAGCCAAAAACAUCAGCAACAGCCUGCCGAGUGUAGGAGUGAAGAUCUACUGGUCAUAGACAUCAUACACAAGAGUCCAAUGGCGACACCAGGAGAUCCAAACCACACAUGAACAAGAACAAAAAGAAGGCCAGGACUCGACUUUAAUUUUUUUUAAUUUUUUUAGUCUCGUUUCUGGACAUUUUGGCCAAUUCCAGCUUGGACUCGCUAUUGUUUGUGUUGUGUAUUUUUUGGUCGAAACCAUUGUAGUUUUGUUAAUGACGUCUUCUAUGAAGACUAGAUAGUGAUAGUGACUAGACAGUGCUGUCUUCUCAGUUCUGCAUCCGAUUCCGAUGGAUAUAAAUGCUGAAAUGUUACUCUCGGUAGUGGUGGGCAAAACCUUCCAUUUCAGUGAACCGGAUCAUUCCGGUUCAUUAAGAAAAAGCUCAGUUCAUUUCGGUCAAUUGGUCGUUAGCCCCGUGAUCUUCCCCCUAUGCGUAGACCCGGUUAGCCGUGUCGAGUCAGUCCGUUCACUCAUGUUCACGUUCGUUCUGACUCAACGUGAUGACUUGUAGUGAGUCGGUAAUGAACGAACGGGUCAAAAGAACUUUUUUUUUGUGAACGGAAUGAACGAGGUCACCGACAGUGUCGGUCAAUCUUUCGGUCUCUGUCUUUCAGUCAUCUAACCCCACCCACCCACAGAGCGAGGCGCGACAAUAGGAUAAGACAGGCAAGCCAUCAGAUAGUCCCGCCCUGCAAAAGGAACGGUGAACUGACUCUCCAGCCACUCAAAACAAAAGCAUUUGCAACUGAAGGGACUGAACGGGUAUUUUAGGAACGGUGACCUUGUUCAUUCUGUUCACAAAAAAGAACUAGUUCUUUUGACCACUUCGUUCAUGAGCGACACACCACUAACCCUCAUGUCUCAUGUUCGUCUUUUGAUAUCAAACCCAAAUGUUUUCAAUCUAUACUCUUCUUAGCACAGGUGCUAGCAUACACAUACAGUAGUGUAUACUAUGGGAGAGACACGCUAAUGAGUAAAAACACUCGAUUGGUCGCCUUUUGUAUUGUCAUAGGAUGGAAACUGACAUUGCGGCUAUCGUGCGCAUACAUUUGUGGCCAAUUAAUUAUUGACCACAAUUAUUAUUAUUAUUAUUAAUUAUUAUCAUCUCACUCACAAAAAUGCAGUAUUGGUAACGAACAGCAACUUUGUAUGUAAUGGCCGUUGAAAAGGUUGGAAAAAAUACCCGCCAUACCCCUUAUCAUAGGCCUGGUGCUAACUUCUUUAGCAUAGGUUCGUGAUGGAGCCAAUAAUGUAUGACUUAUUAAAAACCACAAUGAUUCACUGCUGGUUGUAGUACAAGACCAGAAAGGCUUCCUUGUGUCUGUUUUUCCCUGGAAGAUAAAUGUACAUAAUUACUUGGGAGGAUAUAAAGUUGAAAAAAAAAAGUAUUUUUGACACGAUAAAGCAACCACAAGCCAUUUUUCUGCCAGACAGAUGAUGCUGUGUUAAAUGUAUUCAUAUAUUCGUCUUAUUAUUUAACGUGCCUUACUUAAGGCUCUCUGUGGGCGAGCGUUACCAUGGUGACAACAGCCCUCCUCACUGUACCUGCUGCUGUAACAACACACAUUAUUGCUCGUUACAUACAUCGCAUACACACUUUUUUUUUCCUUAAAGAAUUUGCUCUUCUUAAUUAUCCCAUGAUGUAAAUAUUCAAACUUUAUUUUUGCUCCUUAUGUAAAUGAUUUGAAGAGAAAGAAGAGACCAUGGAUGGCCUACGCUACAAUAUCUUAUUUCAAAACACGUACAGAAGACGUUUAAUCCGGUGAAAACAAGAAGAAUGUAAUUGAUUAUGAUGAUGAUGAUAUCAUUGACGAUCAGGAUUAAAAGUUAUGAUUCUAAAGAAAAAGUUUGUGACAUUGUUGUCUAUUAUACCUUAAAAAAAGUGUUUGAAUGGUUGUUUUUCCUGCCAAGUAUCACCUCACAAAUAUAUAUACAAUAGGGCUGUCAAAAGUAACACGUUAGCUAAUUUAUUUCAUUAAUGACGUUGCAUUUUUGAGCGUAAUUAACGCACGCGCAUCGGGCAAGCUAGUCCAUUCGUCAUAGCAACACUUCCUCACGAGACAGAUCGGGAGAUGCAUUCAUUGACAUCCCGAACAUCCUAACAACCUGCGAGCUGCAUCUAAUUUCUUUCGUUAUUCUUCUUUAAAGCAGAAUUACGUGUAAACUGAAAACGUUAUAAAUGUUAUAAAAUACUUGACUGGUUUACUAAUGUCCAUUCUCUGCUUUAAGUCAGCGUCAUUAAAUGCGACUCUCAUUUACGACACAAGAUGGGCACCUGAAUGCAUCGGAGCAGCAACGCAGUUUUCAGAGUUGUGAUAACAUUAGAUGUUCAACUAACAAUGUGCGCUUAUAUAAAACGAACCAUCCAUCCAUCCAUCCAUCUUCUGUGCCGCAUGUCCUCACCAGCGUCCCAGGGGUAUGCUGGAGCCUAUCACAGCUGACCUCAGUGUGGAAGCUGAUCCACGGUGUCCGGAGGUGCUCCCUUUUUCCGACUCAUCAUUCGGCCACCCACCUCCCUUCCAUCCCUUUGGCCCCUGUGACCCCUACAUAUCCACCAGCAGCACCUCCGUCGGGCCCCUUGGAGCCUCCCACACACAGGAUAGCUCCCCUAUCUCUCCCCCCACCCCGGCGAGCCUGGCCUGGGCUCAGCGUAGUCGCCACCAGCCGGCCAGCCUGGCGCUCCGCAAGCAGGAGGAGGAGGAGAGCAAACGCUGCAAGGCCCUCUCUGACAGCUAUGAGCUCUCUACGGACCUCCAGGACAAGAAGGUGGAGAUGUUGGAGAGGAAGUACGGCGGGCAGUUUGUGUCACGGCGGGCGGCCAGGACCAUCCAGACAGCCUUCAGGCAGUACCGCAUGAACAAGAACUUCCAGAGGCUGCGUAGCUCGGCCUCAGAGAACAGGAUGACGCGACGCAUCAUCCUGUCCAACAUGAGGAUGCAGUACUCCUUUGAUGAGCGUCAACCACAGGGUCAAGGGUCAUCGGGUCAGCAGGGGUCAGAGGACACAGGAGACAUGGAUGACUCCUUCACCAAGCAGGUGAAGUCGCUGGCAGACUCGAUGGACGAUUCUCUUACCUGCCAGUCAGGUCGCGAGGAUUCCCAGGAGGCGGGAGGAGAGGCUGAGGAGGACGAGGAGGAGGAGGAGGAAGAGGAAGAAGAGGAGGAGGAAGAAGAUGAAGAGGAAGACUACAGAGAGUGCACCUGGCGCGGCGGCGCCACCUCCUCCUCCCGCCGCCACGUGGUCGGCCAGGUGGGCGGCAUCAGACGGGGCCCUGCGGGCACCAUGCACGAGGACAGCACGGCCACCUCCUUCAGCGACGUCACGCUCUACAUGGAUGAGGGGUGCCUCCCCUCCUCGCCCAUCUCCCGACCCCCCUCCUCGCCGCUCUCAUGCCCUGCCUCCAGCUCUGACACAGAGUACUGGGGGGGUGGAGGAGGAGGGGGCGUGGCCGGCGGCAGGGAGGACAGUCGAGACACGGAGCGAGGAAGCAACGCAAGCCGCAGAAGCAGCACCCCUUGCACCGAGUGUCGGGGGGAGUACAGAGGGAGGGCCGCAGGAGGAGGAGGAGGAGGAGGAGGACACCUUCCAGUGCUGACCAUAGAACCACCCAGUGACAGCUCAGUGGACAUGAGUGACAGGUCGGAGCGAGGAUCUAUUGGCCGCCUGGUAUACGAGCAAGAACCGUCAGGAGCGGAGCGAGGCAGCGGAGGCGAGCGGGAGCGACGAGGAGGAGGUGGCGACGGCGAGAGCGGAGAAGAAGAGCAGGGAGGGGGCGGGGCGGGAAGCAGCGAGGCCGAGUCGCCACAGGGAACCAUCAAGCACAAACCCAACGGUCGCUCGGUGGUGACGGCGCAGGGCCAGACGCGUAGCUCCGCCUCUCCUGCUGUGCACCUCCCCUCGGCCCGUACCCUGCCACCCCAUGCGCUGCCCCACACUAUCCAGCACGCCCACCCUCACCCGUCAGCCAUUCCCCACUUGCCCACCGUCCUCCACCACCAGCAGCAGUACAACCACAUGAUACACCACGGGCACGGCGGGGGCGUGUACCCACCACACGUGGCACACUUCCCCCAGCACCACUACCACCACAUGCACCACCACCACCUCCCCCACCACCACGCUUACCCAGAAACCCCUUCCUCCCCGCUUCCGUCGCCCGUGCCCCCGCUGACGCCGCUUUCCCCGCUCCCGGCGCCGCUGUCAUCCUCCGCCAACAUGGACCCCCAUCAGCACCUGCACCACCCGCACCUGCACCACACCCACCACCUCCACCACCACCUGCUGUGCUCGGACGGUGACAACGAGAGCGUUAAUUCCACCACCACCAACUCCAACGACGACACCACCGUCAACAACGGCAGCUCGGGCUCAUCAUCGCGGGACAGCCUGCGUGAGCCUGUGGGGGCAUCCACGCUCAGCAAGCAAACCUAUCAGCGCGAGAGCCGCCACAGCUGGGACUCACCCGCCUUCAACAACGACGUGGUCCAGCGGCGCCAGUACCGCAUCGGACUCAACCUGUUCAACAAGAAGCCUGAGAAGGGGAUCCAGUACCUGAUCGAGAGGGGCUUCGUUUCGGACACCCCGGUGGGCAUCGCCAGGUUCAUCCUAGAGCGGAAAGGUCUGAGUCGUCAGAUGAUCGGUGAGUUCCUGGGCAGCCGGCAGCAAUUCAACAAGGACGUUCUAGACUGCGUUCUGGAUGAGAUGGACUUCUCUGGCAUGGACCUGGAUGAUGCCCUGAGGAAGUUCCAGGCUCAGAUCAAAGUUCAGGGAGAAGCUCAGCGGGUGGAGCGCUUGGUGGAGGCUUUCAGUCAGCGCUACUGCGUGUGUAACCCGGUGCUGAUUCGGCAGUUUCAGAAUCCUGACACCAUCUUCAUCCUGGCCUUUGCCAUCAUCCUCCUCAACACGGACAUGUAUAGCCCCAACGUGAAGCCCGAGAGGAAGAUGAAGCUUGAUGACUUCAUCAAGAACCUGCGAGGUGUGGACAACGGUCAGGACAUUCCAAGAGACCUCCUUGUGGCUAUCUAUGGAAGAAUCCAAAAGUGGGAGCUGAGGACCAACGACGACCACGUCUCUCAGGUGCAGGCGGUGGAAAGGAUGGUCGUCGGCAAGAAGCCUGUUCUGUCGCUGCCUCAUCGUCGGCUGGUGUGCUGCUGUCAAUUAUUCGAGGUUCCCGAUCCAAACCGAGCACAGAGGAGCGGCGUCCACCAAAGAGAAGUCUUCCUGUUCAACGAUCUGCUGAUGGUGACCAAGAUCUUCCAGAAAAAGAAGGCCUCUGUGACGUACAGUUUCCGACAAUCAUUCCCUCUCGUCGACAUGCAGGUCCACACCUUCCAGAGCACUUACUAUCCUCACGGCAUCAGGCUGACGUCAGCCAAUCCUGGAGGAGAGAGGAAGGUUCUGAUCGUAUUCACGGCGCCGAGCCAGCAGGACCGAGCUCGCUUCACCUCUGACCUCCGAGAGAGCAUCGCGGAGGUGCAAGACAUGGAGAAGUACCGCGUAGAGUCCGAGUUGGAAAAGCAGAAAGGUGUGAUGCGUCCCUCCGUGCUGAUGGGGGGAGGAACCGGAGGCGGAGGCAUUCUGGUAGGCGGAGCCGGUGCUGAGGUGGUGAAUGGUACCCUGGGUAGGUCCAGCUUGGAUGACACGUACGCAUCAGUGGAUGGACUCAAACGCACGGCGCUCAGCUCCUCACUCAGAGAUCUCUCAGAGACCGGAAAGCGAGGUCGUCGGAACAGCGUGGGCUCAUUGGACAGUACCAUCGAAGGUUCCAUCAUUAGCAGUCCACGGCCACACCAGCAGUACCACCCCGGGGGCGUUCUGGCCUACAGCCCCAUGAUGGCGCCCCCGUCCCCAGCAGCCUACCGGCCGCACCGCCCUACUCAGAGCCCCGGUACGGGGGUAGGCGGUGGGCCGGGGCUCUGUCACAAUCAGGGAGGUCCGAGCAUCUCCCCGCUCGUGAGCGGGGGCGUGGCUGGGGGCGGAGGAGGGAUGGCAAUGGGGGUCGGGCCGACUGGCGGCAGCCGACUGGGGAACUUUUUCGGCAGCCGAAGAGGGAAAGUUCCUGGUCCCCUGACGAUGACCUCGCCGACGCCGCAGUGUCCCCCGAGUCCCCUGAUGAUAUCCUCCCCACCUCACUACCCCGCUCCCGAGCCGCCCAUCGCCCACCCUUCCUCCCCUUCCCCAUGCCCCUCCCCAUCAGCCAACCUCGGCCAGUCGGACCCGGGAGGCAUUGGAGGGGGAGGAGGCCUGGGCGGGGCGCCAUCGAAGCUUCAAGCUUUGCACGCCCAGUAUUGCCACGGCAACAAUGGAGGAGGCGCGGUCAGUGGGCAACAGUCGCAACAGACUCCUCCCCCACCUUACCACCAUCAUCACCGUUACCACAUGCAGAGCGUCCCACAGCACCACCCACUCAUGCACCGGGUGUCUGUUCCACGGCGCCAGCAGGGACCGCCCGGCUGCGCUGCGUCUCAUAUCCAGCAGCAUCAGCGGGUCCAGCACGGCGCCGCCCAGCACCAGCGCUACAACGUGGUCUCUGGUUUCACCACGCCCCCUCCGCUGUCCCCGCACUCUCCCCUUACGCCAACUACCCCGCACGGACUUUACCACUCGCAUCCCGCCGCGGGGAGGCCGGGUGGCGGCGCCAAGCUGCCGCUCACCAUCUCGCACUCGCAGCCCCACCCCCAUGCUCACUCUCACAAUCACGCCGUCCACUCCCCCCUAAGCCCCUCCCCCGCCACCUCCCCCUCCACUCACUUCAUCUUCUCCACGCCACCGCCUCAGACCCCAUCAGCACGCCUCGUCACCCAGAUGCCGUCGCAGCCCUACGCCCCACAGUACCCGCCGCUCUCCUCCAUCCCGCCCCCUCCCCCUCACUCUCCGUUGCCGCCCCCGUCCGCCGCGCCGCUCUCCCCGCACCCAGGAGCAGCAGGCGGGCAAGGACCAGGGUCCAAGUCGAAACCGGUCAGUCGUAUCAGCACGGUCGUGUGAGGAGCCAGAGAGCGAGGGCGGCAGGCUACGUCGUCGCCAGCCACCGGGGGAUGGCGCUCAAAGGGAGAAGGAAGAGGAGAGCGCGAGGGGAAGUGCAAGCGUAUCAAAAUGGCCGCCUGGUGAGACGGCGAGCGCUGAGAGCAGGGAAGAGAAAAUUACUUAGCCUGUGUUACUUUCACAUUCACUUCCCUCGUGGUUAAAAACCCGCUUUGCCAACGGCGCCGCCAUCUUUUGGUCGUGGGAGCCUCGCGCUCUUGAUCGAGUCCCCCGUGGAAGUGACGUGUUUCUGUCAAAUUAGUGACAUUUUAUCAAAGGCGAGGGUUAGCCCACAAUGCUAACACGACGUGUGUGUUUGAUUGACAGCCAUGCAUGACUUGUGCAAUAGCUUAAAGUGUCCACGCUUAUGCAGAGGUGAGGGGACAGCGUGUGGACCUUUUGUGACCCUAAAUCCGUCACUCAAGUUCUGUCGUAACGUUGAAAAGCCAUCAAACUAAAAGUCUUUUUUUUUUUUUUUACUUCUGUGCUUUGUGCAGUUGUUGUCGUGGCUCACAGGGUUUAUAGAUUGGAACUUGAAUUCUUCUUACGGGGGGAUUUAUUCCAUCACUUAUAUAUAUAGAAAUAUAUAUACAUAUAUACAAUGUAUGAUAUCUGUGAACGCCCACCCCCCUUUAAAGUAUCCUAAACAAAUAUCAAAGUAUAACGUGACUGUAAGAUACGAUGAUGUGUCUCAACUAUGUUAUCAUUCUCGAUUUUUUACGUGACUCUCUUGUGUUGCCAGGGAAGAUUAAUGUGCAACAUGGUGCCAAACAGGGUGCAUUCUGGGAAACAGAGUUUUUUUUUUAAAUUAGUAAGCAAUUCAUUGGUUGCACAUAAACAAGCUACGUUGGAGCUACGACAGAAUAGGAUAAAUAAAGGAACGACAGGAUACAGGAUGUGUGCCGCUAAUUUUUCCCGAGGGCAUGCGGUAGUUUCUCGGUGAAAAUGUCAGGGUAUGCACUAGGGGGCAGGGCAGGGUUGCAUGUACUGAUUUGAAUGCAGUAUCAGAAAACAUCAAAAACAAUCUUGCUACUUUUUUUUUUUUUUUUUACAGAAUGUUAGCAAACUGAUUGAGGUAAUAACUAAUGCUAAUGCUAAUAAUUAAUGCUAAUGAGGAACAAGGUGCCUUCUGACAGGAGGAUGGUAAAAUAUGAAUCACAUUCCGUUAUACUUGCAUUGAAAUGCUGGGGUUUGUUUAUUGAGUGUAUUGUUUUUAUUGAUUUAUUCCAUUAUUUUUGGGCAAAAAAACAACAACAAAAAACAACAUGAAAGCCGGACCUAAUCCAUUGUUAAGGACUAUUUUUUUUCUGCACUGUAGGCGUACCUUUAUUUACCAUUCCGAUGCUGGAAGCAUGAUGGAAAAUGAGGCUGUGAAUGCAAAUACGACUAUUCGUGUUGUGUACAUAUGACGUGUACAGUGUGUUUUGUUUUUUUUCUAUGUGGCCAACUGCAUUGACGAAGGUUUGCUUGUUGAUUUUCAAUGCUGGUAGGAUAUGCAGAUAUGGUUAUAUGACAAGUGGCGGUGAUGGCGUUCCUCUGGGCGCCAUCUUCGAUCCCCUGCUGUUUGCAAUCAGGAGACUUUUUGGAGCAAAUUAUUGAUAAUUAUCACGACUGUGGCGACAAACAUGACAUGAUGUAUUUUUAACUUUGUUUUCUAUUUUUCUUGUGUUUUUACCAUUGUGCUGUUCUGUUUCUUCACUUUUCUCUGCCUCGCAUGUAACGUAACAUGUCCCCACUGACUGGAUUAUUUUCAAGUGUCGACAUUGAACAUGAGUCACGUAACGUUUUUUCAAAAAACAAGUUAUUUUUGCACGAUUACGUUUAGAAACUAGCAAUCACCUGUGCUUUACACUGAGAUUUAAAACGACAAGGCUGACUCUGGCGCAGGGAUACAGUGGAACCUCUAAAGUCCAACGCAUCGAUAGAAUUCCGACAGCCCAAAAUGAUCAGAAAUAUUGUAAUUAUAAUAUUAUAAGUCAUAUAAACAAGCAUUAUGCUUUUCUUUUCACUUUUUGCUACUUCUCACUCAUGAAAGAUGACCAUAAACAAGCGUUAUUAAGAGGAGUCAUCUGUCUUACAUUCAAUGCAGUAACAUGAAUUUAAAGGGACAGUUCACAUUUUUUGCAAUACAACUGUACAUGUACAAAAAUAUGAACUAUCCCUUUAACAUUUUCUCGCUAUUAAGAUUGCUUCGCUUCUUUUUACACUUGUGCAACACUUAAGAAUUAAGCGCUAUUAAGAGGGGUCAUCUGUCUCACAUUCAAUGCAGUAACAUGAAUUUAAAGGGACAGUUCACAUUUUUUGACAUACAACUUCAUGUCAAAAGAUAUGAACUAUCCCUUUAACAUUUUCUUGCUAUUAAAAUUGCUUCACUUCUUUUUACACUUGUGCAACACUUAAGAAUUCAGCAAUAUUAAGGAGCCAUCUGUCUUACAUUCAAUGCAGUAACAUGAAUUUAAAGGGAUAGUUCACAUUUUUUGACAUACAACUGUACAUGUCAAAAAAUAUUAACUAUCCCUUUAAUAUUUUCUUGCUAUUAAGAUUGCUUCACUUCUUUUUACACUUGUGCAACACUUAAGAAUUAAGCGAUAUUAAGAGGAGUCAUCUGUCUUACAUUCAAUGCAGUAACAUGAAUUUAAAGGGACAGUUCCCAUUUUUUGACAUACAACUGUACAUGUCAAAAAAUAUGAACUAUCCCUUUAACAUUUUCUUGCUAUUAAGAUUGCUUCACUUCUUUUUACACUUGUGCAACACUUAAGAAUAUUAAAAUGUGAUUUCAAAGACUUCAUUGAAUGGAUUAUUUUUUAUUUAAAAAAAUCAGAAGUUGAACAGCGUUCCACCUUAGAGGUUCCACGGUGUAUCUAAACAACACGCAUACUUACAAUAAUUCCACUAGAGUAGCCUUGGAACGUCAAGCAUGGCCGUCGGUGUUGAAUCAGUGUCAUUGUAUUCCGACGCCAUCUUGUCAGGCAUUUCCACUUUCGACUCGAGCAAAUGUGACUUUGCUAACUUCCGUGCUUCAUGGUGCAUUGACUGAGUGCCACAUUCAGUGUGCUUUAACGAGGGCAAUCAACUUUCUUGUGCUAGUAUCGAGGCAAUCGAGUGUUUUUUCCCACAUGAAGACAUAUGGAAAAACAGCAGGCAUGACGCUGCGGCCCGGGCCUUCUCUCCACGAUGGCUGUGCAUGUGUUAUUUAUUACAGUAUCUGCACUGAAUGGAACUUUGUAUUAUAAACCAGAAUGUACAGAACAAUGUGGAAUUGAACGAGACAGCAACUUUUGGCGGUGGGAACCAGUAACGACAUUUUUCAUUUUGGAAGAAAUCAUUCUGACUGCUGCUCACAAAACAUGUUUUUUUUUCUUUUUUGAAAAAGAAAAGCAGGUUGGAUGAAAUCAGAUGGCAAAUGUUGUAUUCGGUUCUUGUGCUGAGCUAGUGUGUGUACAAUUGUACCAGCAGUGUCAAAUACUGUAUGUGUUCACAGAGAUGACAUUAUUUUAAAGAUUUUAGCCUUGUAUAUAAAUAUAUUACUACUUGUACCUUUUGUUUUUGACACUGCAGAGGAAAAUGUUGAAAUAUUUAUUGCUCUGAACAUAUAAAACAUCUCUUCAUGUUGUUGGAUUCAAGUGUGUUGAUUUUAGUGCUGAGUGUAUGAUGGAACCAUUCAACAAGCGUUACGCUGAUUGGUUGAAGAACACUCACAGCAUCGAACAGCAUUUUUUAAGACUCUUACGCUAAUGCGCCUUCAUUCGAGUCUAUGUAGAACUUGGGUUAAUAAAUAACACUGAUAAUUCACGUAUUUGUCCUUGGUGGAGGUGUUAUUCGUUGCAUUUGUGA